AUGAAACGUGGUGUUAUUUAUCUCGGCAGGAUACCUCAUGGCUUUUAUGAAAAUGAAAUGAAGUCAUACUUUAGUCAAUUUGGUACUGUGACGCGUUUGAAAUUGUAUAGAAAUAAAAAGACUGGAAAAUCAAAGCAUUUUGCAUUCAUUGAAUUCGCUAGUGAUGAAGUUGCACAAAUUGUAGCUGAAACAAUGGAUAAUUAUUCUAUAUGUGAUCGCUUGCUUCGCUUUGUGCCAGAAGAGAAAAUUAAUCCAUUGAUGUGGAUUGGAGCGAAUAAAGAAUUUAAGCCAAAACCUUAUAUAAAGGAAAUUAUGAUGAAACAUAAUAGGAAAAAAACACCGGAAGAACAGAAAAAACAAAUUGAUAAUUUAUUAAAAAAAGAAGAUAAAAAGCGGAAAAGAUUGGAAGAGUUUGGGAUAGAUUAUGAAUUUCCUGGCUAUGUACGUAUUUGA